GGGUCCUGCCUUCUGACUAGUGUUAAAAUGUCAGCUAUGCUGCUAGUUUUAAGUGUAUAGAGCUCAGAAAGAUGAGAAACAGCAGUAUGUUAUAGGCUCAAUAUUAGGCUUUUCACAUUCAUUUCAGUGAGACUUGUUUGGGGAUAUCCUUAUGCACUUGUGUUACCAGGGUAACAGAUAACACAUUUAAAAUUGAAUACAAGAUUCCUGAGACCAAGCUGGUUGAUUUGAUGUAUGAUAUGUAUGGGUGAUCCUGAUUGGACAGAAAAUGGUUGAACACUCUCAACCAAUCAGAGAGCAGCACUGUUUUCCCGCCUUUCCCCGGGCUGUAGGAGGCCUGCAGCAGUACUCCUGUUAAUGAGAGAAGCCUUUAAAUCUGUCCUUUGGAAGUGAAAUUGGACCUGUCAAACUUCUCAUCACCAUUCGAAAAGUACUGCACCAAAUUGAAAAAUUCAAAAAGAGUGAGUGGCAGAAGGCUUUGUUGGUUGAUGAGUAAAAGGAUAAAUUAAUUACCAUAACCCCCUGUGCUUUGAACUUUCCCUGAGGUAAUCCUGGAUUGAUAAAAUUACCCAACAAUGGUCAUCUGUGUGAAUUUUUAUAUGCCUACCAUGAAUUGUCUAGAAGCAAUGACGAGAACAUUUUAGCUGUCUGAAGCCGAUCGGAGGAGAAAAUCUCUGUUCUUUUAACAUGGGUUUCAGGGUCUGUCCUCUUUCUGAGGCUUGUAGAGAAAGAAAUGUAACACUUAAGGACAAAAUGAAACCCAUUCUGAUAAGCUGACAAAAAAUCCUACUUUUUGAGAUAUAAUUUGUUUCGGUACUCUAAACGGUCUGGGUGUUGGAAAGAGUUGUUUCCAGAAAAUGUGAAGGUCAAACGUUAGAUUGCAGAAUUUUCAGUUUACAGUGGUGGGAAGCAUUUUAUUAAAUUUAAAUAUUCUCAAAGAAAUGAACCGUACGACCACAAUGUUUGGAGUACAGUCAUGAAUUAUAGCUCAAAACGAAAGUAUAUUCGUAAGCUGUAAGCCAACAUGCAUCUCAUUUCAAUCAGACCUACGGUUCUCUCGGGACAAUGCAAGAAAUGGAGCAAGGGAGGGUCACCGCUCCUAUCUUUUCCCAUUAUAAUUUUUGUGAAAUUUUCUGAAAAUCUCAAGCCAUACCUCAACUUCUACCUGGGAUUUUAGAAAAGCUGUAAUAGAUAUCAAAAUAAUUUUUUAACCAGUAAUAGCUGAACGUCUUGAGAGGUUGUUGAAACUUGAAUGAAGUCUCUAGGUUAAAGUUAAACUGUAAGAAUAAGAGUUCAAAAACUGAUAGGACUUAGCUGAAAAUUGAGCAAUUCCAUUCAUUUCAAUGGGACCAAUUGAAAAUGGUUUCAAAGCUUUACAGCAUUCAAACAAUAAAUAAAUAAAUAAAUGUAGAAGCAGAAGAGGAUGAGUGAGGAGAAGAGACACAGAAGCUACACAAAGAGGAGGACCAGCCUGUAAAACACUGUAAAAACGAUCACUAGGUUAUUCCUAGAAAAAAAAAAACAGAACAUUUUGCUAUUGUCUGUUUAAGUAGAGGAACUAACCCAUACUUUGAGGUCAGCAAACUAAAGAAUUUUUAUAAUGGUUAGUUAAAAUAUUAAUUUAAUGCAACAAAAAUGAAUGAAUAAAUACAUAAAUAAAUAAAUAGAUCUGGAACAAAUUUCUCUUCAGUGAAUCAAAUAAUCUUUGGAAUAUUAUCUGACUUUAUGCUGUCAUUUUUAUUUUAGAAUAUUACUUUGCUAAAACGAGAUAAUAUUUUAAAGCCUGGAUCACAAUCAUAUAUAAUAGAGAAAUACACGUGAUAAAAAUUCCAUUCCAACAUGUUCAGUUUUGGAAAAAAGUAAAAAGAAAAAUAACUAACAAAUAAUAUUAAAAUUUAACAAAUAUCUUAAAUGAAAAAUCCAUCCAUUUUCAUCCGCUUAUCUGGAGUUGGGUCACGGGGGCUGUAGCCUAAGGCAAGAGGCCCAGACUUCCCUCUCCCCAGCCACUUGGGCCAGCUCCUCCGGGGGAAUCCCAAGGCGUUCCCUGGCCCGGUGAGAGACGUAGUCCCUCCACCGUGUCCUGGGUCUACCUUUAGGUCUCCUCCGGGUUGGACGUGCCCAGAAAACCUCACCAGGGAGACGUCCAGGAGGCAUCCUGACCAGAUGCCCGAGCCACCUCAACUGGCUCCUCUCGAUGCGGAGGAGUAGCUGGUCUACUCCGAGCCCCUCCCGAAUGACCGAGCUUCUCACCCUAUCUCUAAGGGAGAGCCCAGCCACUCUUAGGAGAAAACUCAUUUCGGCCGCUUGUAUCUGCAAUCUCGUUCUUUCGGUCACUACCCAAAGCUCAUGACCAUAGGUGAGGGUAGGAACGUAGAUUGACCGGUAAAUCGAGAGCUUCGCCUUCUGACUCAGCUCUCUCUUCACCACGCCCGCAUCACUGCAGAUGCAGCACCAAUCCGCCUAUCGAUCUCACUCUCCAGUUUUCCCUCACCCAUGAACAAGAUCCUGAGAUACUUAAACUCCUCCUCUUGGGGCAGGACCUCAUCCCUGACCCAGAGAAGGUAUUCUAUCCUUUUUUGAAUCAAGUCCAUGGUCUCAGAUUUAGAGGAGCUGAUUCUCAUCCCAGCUGCUUCACACUCGGCUGCAAACGUUCCAGCGAAAGCUGAAGAUCACGUUCUGAUGAAGCCAACAGGACCACAUCAUCUGCAGAAAGCAGAGACCUGAUCCUCAGGCCACCAAAACGGAUGCCCUCCACACCUUGGCUGUGCCUAUAAAGGAAAAAUGGAAACAUAAAAUAUUUGGGUAAUUCAUUUUCAACGAUUAAAUCUCAUUUGCUGUUGACACCAUGAUGAGUCUUUUUCUUUAAUGUUUAUUAAUGUUUAUUGGAGUUUUCAACCAGACACCUGCCACCCACCCCACCCUCAACCACCACACACGCGCACGCACGCACGCACGCACGCACGCACACACACACACACACACACACACACACACACACACACACACACACACACACACACACACACACACACACACACACACACACACAGAAAUCCCAUUAGUCCUGACUGAAAGGUCACAAGGUUGACCUGAACAAGGGCUGAAACAGGUGUAGACAAGAAUAUCCUUGAUAGCAGAUUCUUUCUUUUAUUUUGUUUGUUAUUUGUUUGUUUCCCACGAUUGCUGCUAAAGUUUAAGUUUUAUGUCCAUCUCUGCAUUUAAAGAGAACAGAGUCACAGUUAUUUCCAUAGAAACUCAGGAGGCUGCUGCUCUCACGGCGUCACAUCCUCAAAGUGUUGCCGACCUGCUGGUUGGAGAACAAAUGAUGCAGAGCAGUGUGGCCGGAGCUCUUGGGACGGUGCAGAUCCUGGUUGGUGUGUUCAACGUUGGUCUCGGUCCAGAACGAACUGGAACAUAUCCUUACUGGCUGGGAGCUCUGUUCAUCGCAGCAGGAGUCGUGUCAAUCCUCGCUGAAGCAGUUUCUUUACCCUGCCUGGUGGGCUUUUCUGCAAUUGUAAACAUUGUCGUAUCCAUCUCUUCCAUUGUUGGCAUUGUGCUCUAUGCCAUCCAUCUGGCUAGUUUCACGGUUAUCUGGAUGUGCAGCCAAAGCGACAGUCGGAAAUCAGACAACUGCGCGUUCCUGGCUGGUUUAGCGAAGAGACUGUUGACAGGUAUGGACAUCACUCUGAUCGUCAUGUCCGUCCUUCAGUUGUGUGUCUGCAUCAGUCUCGCCGUUCUCAGCAUCAAAUCUCUGUGUAACAGGGCGAGACAGCAGAGUGGCAAAGAAGUAGAGAUUCAACAGCCUGCGUCAAGGAAGUCAUCAGAACUAGUCCUGGUGAAAAAAAGCCAACUCACCUGAGCUACAGGUGCAGGAAUCAGGAAACAUCAUCAGCAAAUCCACACGUUGGCCUCUUAUCUAAACGUCAUGCUAAAGUCCUUCAGAAAGUCAAACGUGGACUUAAAGAACUGCAUUGAAGAACUUCAGAAAUCAUUCAGGUUGUUUUUUAUAUAACAAACAACAAGCAGAGCUAAUGUUCUUCUACUGUUCCCACCUGAUGAUGACGACCAUGAAAACGUAUCAUCAAAUGUGUAAUAAAUAGUGUUUGUUGAA